AAACAACUCGGACCAUGUCGAUCGGGAGAAGCGAUCUCCCUCCUGUGUGAAUUUCGGCCUUUUUUCAGAGGUAAAAUAUGUCGCUGUAUUUUGACUGCAUAGUAGAAAGUCCAGUUAGUAAUGCAAUCAACACCCAGAUAGCAUGGCAUCCUCAGGCAACCUGUCUCGCUGUAGCUUCCUUUAGCGAAGAAAAAGGGGGAGCAGUCAAUGUGUACACAGGGGAGGGCAAGCUAUGUGAUGAGGUGGACAUCCCGCCCCAUCCUACAGCCCAGGUGACAUCUGUGACCUGGCAUCCAAGCAAGCGCAUUCUUGCCAUCGGAUGGGAGACAGGAGAACUCUACCUCUGGAAUGACCAUGAGCAUGAGUUCCAUGAAAUUCAGAGUUUGCACCGCGCACCUAUAUCCAUACUUUGCUUCAGUGCAGCGGGAGCCAGACUAGUGUCAGCAGAUGCAUCAGGAUCUUUGGUAGGCUGGAGAGUGGACACAUCAGGCAAUCUGCAGACAGUGUUUACUCAUGAGCUCAAGGACCCACUGGCACAGAUCGUCUUCAGGGUUACCGUGGCAACCCAACUACCAUCUCUAGAUAUCAAUGGUCUUGCCCGGGCUGCUGUGAGUGGAGACGAAAGAGCCCUUGACAUCUUUAGUUUGGUUCCUGAGGCACUGGCACAAAGGCCUUGGGCUGGGAAGCAAUUGGAGAAUCUCAAUUUCUUUCUUGGGUCAUUUUUGUUUAUUAUGUCAUGGUCCGGGAACUGUGUGGAGGUUCUACAGGCAGAUGGGGGCAUUAAGCGCCUCCUGCAUCAUGAAUCGCGUAAUUUGCUUGUGGUUAUUACUGAAGGAAUGGUUCUUGGGCAGUUCUCUGUGGCUAUUGAUGGAGCAGUUACUGAAAUCAAUAAGGUUAAACUGAGUGGCAGGACAAAUGAUAUCCAGGUGACAUGGGCUGGAACAGGACUGCUGGCUGUAUCAACUGGAGACAACAAUGUGCGUCUGUGGAACCUCGACUCGGGAGAUAAUUAUGUACUAAGUUUGCACGGUUUCAGUUAUCGGGACCAAGAGUACAUGAUGUGCCUCAGUUAUUCAGAAAACAAAAAAAUAUUAUGUGGAGGCACAAAUAUGGGGAGCGUGGCCAUGUGGAAAUAUGAAGAACAAAAGCUAAAAAACAAUGACUACUCACGAGAUCCGGAGAAAGACUGGAAGCUGCAAAGCCCAUCCAUCUUAUCAGGAGCAGUGAAAAGGGUUUCAUGGGGCUCGGCUCAAAAUCUGCUGGCUGUUGACACUGUCAGAGAUGUGUACAUACUCAACGAGCAGAACAUGGUAGCAAGUUACCGUGAUCAGGUAUGUGUUGUUCAGGAAUCACCAACUCAGCUGUCAGUUGAUGUUUUCUCAGCAGACAACCAUUUGGAAUUCCGUGCAGACAUACAAGUCAGAGGUGUUCACAACACCGUGGAUCACCUCUUGAUAUGGAAUAUGAAGAAAAUGGUUAUAUAUGAAAUUACAUCAGAUGCUACACACCUAAGAGUUGUAGGUUCUUUUACAUGUGAAGCAGAGAGUGCUGUGUUACAUGAAGCCAGCAUAUAUUCCAUAGAGGGUGCAAAUGUCCAAGUACGAUCUAUACAGGGAACAAUAAAGCAGACACUGAGUUUCGCAGAUAAUGAGGGCCUUGCCUUGUGUAAUUUCCUUGUGGUCGCCACAAUCCAAGGGAUUAUCAAGUUAUGGGACUUAUCUAGAAGGGAGGCAAAACAACACACGCAAGGCAAACAUUUGAGUGAUGCCAUCAAGGACUUUGGGGAAGUUAUCUCAGCAAGAUGUAACUGUAGUGGUACAAGAGUCUCUAUUGCUGUAGCUCAAACCUCCCUGCUUCCUGAUCCAAAAUUAUACAUCUGGGAUAUAGAGAAUGACAAUAUUACGUACUUCAAUUUUGCGUCUGGACGAUCUGAAGACGAUGAUAACGAUGGGACAGCACCUCCAAACUCUGCAGAGAGUACAAGUUCCAAGUAUGGUGGAGGCCAAGAUAGGGCCAAGCGUGAGACAGCCAGAGAAGUUGGGGGUCGCUUUGUGAUGUCUCACAUGUGGGACCUUGAAGAUCCUCGGCUACUUGUGUGUGAAGCUAAGUCCCUUCAUAGCAAGAAAAAGCAAAGAGAUAAUUACUUGGCUGCAGAUAAGGAAGAAAGGCCUGCAAUCAUGUUGGUGUCUCUGUUUGUUAGUCCUGACCAUGGGGCUAUUGUUCAAGAUGCCUUCCCUCUUACUCCAACUUACUCUAGACUUCUCGGCGUGCAAGUCCCAUUUCUGUAUCUGCUGAAUGAAAGUACUGUUGACAAAAAGUCUGACACGAAAGCCAAAUUAGUGACGCAAAAGGUAAUGCGGGACUUUGUAGGCUUGGAGAGCUGUGAUAAGCCAACGAAGGAAGCGAUGCUUAACUUCUCCUUCUAUCUGUCAAUGGGAAAUAUGGAUGAUGCAUUUAAAGCUAUCAAAACAAUCAAAAGUGAAACGGUAUGGGAAAACAUGGCUAGAAUGUGUGUUAAAACAAAGCGUUUAGAUGUCGCUGCCUUGUGUCUUGGCAACAUGGGUCAUGCUCGUGGUGCUAGAGCUCUCAGGCAAGCCAUGAAGGAACCUCAGCUUGAUGCAAGAGUGGCCAUGCUGGCACUGCAGCUGAAUAUGGUCGAAGAGGCUGAGCAGCUUUAUCGUGGGUGUGGCCGCCAUGAUCUUGUGAAUCGCAUGUACCAAGAUGGUGGCAUUUGGUCAAAGGCUUUGGAGACGGCCAAUGAGAAUGACAGGAUUCACUUGAGAUCAACGCAUUAUAAUUAUGCCAAGCACUUAGAGAGUAAAGGAGACUUCAGUGGUGCCAUCAGUCACUAUGAGAAAUCUGAUACUCAUAGGUUUGAAGUACCAAGGAUGCUGUUCGAUGAACUCCCAACACUAGAGGAUUAUAUCAUGCAUACUAAAGACAAGUCUUUGAGAAGGUGGUGGGCUCAGUAUCUAGAAUCAACUGGCGAAAUGGAGACGGCACUGCAGUUUUAUGAAGCUGCUCGAGAUCAUCUGUCCCUAGUCCGUGUUUAUUGUUAUUGUAAUAAUCUACAGAAGGCAGCGGAAAUUGCUAAUGAGACAGGAGACAGGGCUGCAUGCUAUCAUCUAGCUCGCCAGUAUGAGAACGUCAAUAUGGUGAAAGAGGCCAUUCACUUCUUUACUCGAGCUCAGGCUUAUGGCAAUGCUAUCAGAAUCUGCAAGGAGAAUGGUUAUGAAGAUCAGCUUAUGAACCUGGCUCUUGUGGCUGGACCUCAGGAGCAGAUCGAUGCUGCUAGAUUUUUCUCCUCCUCGGAACGCCGACAGCUCUCAAAGGCAGUCAUGCUGUACCACAAAGCUGGUCUCUUGUCCAAAGCUGUUGAUCUAGCCUUUAAGUCUGGGCAAGUCAGUGCAGUAGGCCAGAUUGCAUCUGAACUUGAUGAAAAUGCGGAUCCUGCUCUUAUUCAGAGAUGUGCCCAGUACUUCAUCUCCAACGGGCAGUAUGAUCGUGCAGUGUCACUCUUGAUUACUGGCAGACAGUACUUUGAUGCUCUUGAUUUAUGUGUGGAGCACAAUGUAUGGGUGACAGAAGAACUUGCUGAGAAGUUCACCCUGCCGAAAGAUGAAUCAGCUCGUAACCAGAUCUUAGAAAAGGUAGCAGAGUGUGCUUAUGCCCAAGAGAACUACAAAUUGGCUACCAAGAAGUUCACACAGGCUGGCAACAAGGUUAAGGCAAUGAAGUGUCUGCUGAAAUCAGGUGACACCGAGCGCAUUGUUUACUUUGCCAAUGUGUGUCGGCAAAGGGAGAUCUACGUCAUGGCAGCAAAUUACCUGCAAAGUUUGGACUGGCGAAAGGAGCCUGAAAUUAUGAAGAACAUCAUUCAGUUUUACACAAGAGCGAAAGCUACUGGCCUGUUGGCAGGAUUUUAUGAUGCUUGUGCUCAGGUUGAGAUAGACGAGUAUCAGAACUAUGAGAAGGCUGCUGGAGCUCUCAGUGAAGCUUAUAAGAUCCUCACGAAUUCGAAUGACCAGCAAAGCCAAGAAAGACUCCCAUCCGUCCAGUACAAGUUGGAGAAGGUCAAGCAGUACAUUGGUAUCAGGAGAAUGUUCCCAGGGGAUGGUGAGACAGGUAUUAGAGAACUUCAGGACAUGCUGCUGGACCCUAAUAUUGAAGCUGCAGUUCGCCAAGGAGAUAUUUAUGCUACGAUGAUUGAAUUUUACGUUUCCAACAACAAUUACAAGUCUGCUCUCAGUUCAUUGCAAGAUAUGAAGAACAGGUUGCCUAAGGCUAACCCCAGUUAUUACAUUGAUGCCCAAGCUCUCCAGACGCUUGCCAGAGCAACGGGGAUUAAUGUUGGAGAAAUAGAGAAUGGAGUUGAAGAAGGAGCAAGUGAAGAUGAAGGAAAUGCAAGCGAGGAAGAUGUGGUAGAGGAAGAAGACGAGGAAGAUAUUAGACCACAACGUCAUUAUGCCCUGAAUGGGUCUGCGAAGUUCCUGUAAUCAAGUGGCCAUUUUUUACCCUUUGAUAUUGAAGAUUAUUAAGUACAGUAAUUAUCUAAAUAAGGAAAUAUGUGUCUUUAUAAGCACACACACACACACACACACACACACACACACACACACACACACACACACACACACACACACACACACACACACACACACACACACACACACACACACACACACACACACACACACACACGCACACGCGCACGCACACGCACGCACGCACGCACAUGCAGAAAAUCAUGUCGGUAUUUAUUUGCCCACAUUGAUAGGCAGUGUGUAUUUAUUUAUUUGUUUGUGUACUUUUUGUUUAUAUUUCUUUUCAGUUUUAUUUAUUUAUUUAUUUAUAUAUUCAAACCAAAUUCCAAAUCCAUAACAGAAGCUAAUUAUAGUAUAAUCUGAAUUACUGAAAAAAUGUAUGAUUAAAAGAAAAGAAGAAAAUAUUCUUGAAUUUCUUCACAUAAUAUAAAUGUUACUGAUCUUUACCCUAGAUAUUAGAAACUGACAAGAAAUUGACAAUAUUUUUAUUAGAAAUGAGAAAUAAUUGCAAAUAGGAAGGUGCUUAUGUGUGCCAUAUAUAUUUAUAUAUAUGAUUCCAGUGACUGCUAGGACAGUCAGAUGCAAUAAUUUUAUUUUUAGAAUAAUAUUCUUACUUCCUAAGGUUAUAAAUACUUUGUUUUCAGAUAUGAUACUUUUAUUUCAUAGCUUUUAGUGUUCAUUAUCAACAUUGGCCCUAAUAGUACUUUCCUGUACUUUAUACAUAUAUAUUUGUAUAUAUGUAUAUAUGCAUGGCUAUAGACAGACAGAUUGUACUUGAUAUGUGUGCCAUAUGAACCCCAUAUUACUUGUGUAUAAGGGAGGCAGUUCAUGUAAUAUUCCAUUUUGUGAUGUUGCAAGCAUGUUAAUGUAUCAGGGUAAGAAAUUCGUUUUCAGAAAAUGUGUAAGAGUACUUAGGUACUGUUUUGAUUGCAAUGAGGGAAAUGUAUUACAAAUUUGAGACUCUUUACCUCUGUAAUCUCAGCUCUAGUCAGUGUUUUUUCAUUGUUUCUUUAGUAAGACCUACAUUUUUUUUUUAGAAAACAAAAUAUGAAAGUGCAUUUAUUAAAUGUUUUGUCUAAUAAUAUGAACCUAUUGAUGCUUAUAUUAUAGAUGAAAGUUUAAACUAACAAACUAUUUACCAAAAGCCUUUUCAGGCAGUAAGCCUGAAAACAUCUUUGGAUGCACAUAUCCUCAUAUGUUUUCUAGAAAUUUGGAUUUGUCAAAAAUAUCCCCACCUGUGAGGCUUAUAUUGUAACAUGUCUGCUGCAGAGGGAUUAAUUGAAGGAAUGGCUUUUUAUCAAAUUUACUAUCAAGCAGAAUCUGGAAUAUACUCUCAUAUUGUAUGUUCUCAUGCUUUAUAUAAAAUUAUCAUCAUUGAAAUGCAUUAUAAACAGUUUGUAAUCUAAAAUUAUAACACCCAGGACUAAUACAAUCUAUCUGAUGGCUCCCCCAAGGAGCUUUUAUUAUAUUUUGUUGUUAGUUUUUGCCUAUAUUGCAUUGCUUGUUUGAGCAGGUGAUCUCUUUAGCAUGGCCAUAACUUUAGUUUAAGUUUUAAGCAAAAUAUGUAAUAGUCUAACCGUAUAUAUUAGUAUAAAGAUGAUGAAUUUGAUUUUUUUAGGGCCAGUGAAAGUAAAAGCUGAUGGAUCUUAUGCAAAAGAUUUUUUUGCCACAAUGGUGUGUGAAUAGAACAUUCACAUUAAUUUUCAAAGGAUAUGAAUCUGUUAUAUUAGUUUAUGAUAGGUAUUUUAUUGUUCUAGUCAGUUGUAUUAAUUUCUUCCUCCAAAUGAUUUGCAGAGCUGAAUACACCAUAUUGAUAAGUUAUAUGGGAUAUGUAGUCAGAUAUAGAUUUGACAAGUGAUUUGUUGCCAUUUUUAGUUCAGUUACUAAAAAAAAAAAUAUCGUGUAGAAUUGUGUCAGCUGAUUGUUUGCCCAUGUUAUGGUGCCUGAUAGAAAGUAUAUUAAUGACAAAUGCAUACUGUAGGUAAUCACAGUCAAUAUAAGAUAAUAAAAUACUACACAUUAUCUGUUACAAAUCUCAUUUGACUGAACUAAACUGAUGAAUUCAAUUCCAUGUAUAGAGGUUAAUUUUUAUUUUGUUUCUUGGAAUAAGUCAGAUUCACUAGUCAUUUAGUUUAGAUUAUUUAUAAUCAGGAAGAGAACAAUACAGUAUUAGAACAAUUUUAAGAGAUUUAGUUAAUUUCUUGUUCUAGAAGGAACAGUGUGAUAGAAAUGUAUAAAGAUAAGAUAGAGGAUACACAUCAGCAUCAGUGAUAUCAUCAUUAACAAAAUUACAAGUGGGCAUCCUCAGUUUCUCAAACCAGGAGAUUACCAGCCUGAUAUGUUGUCACAUGGUGCUUGCAAAAAAAAUUGCCACUGUGAUGAGUAUGGCAUUCAGGAAUAUAGAUGGAAGGCUACAUCUAAAAGGUUGGAUAAAGCAUGAAGUUGUCUAACACAAAUUUCAAUAUCUUCAAGACCCAUACUACUGAUAAAGAGCACCCAUGCAAUAUUAGCUACCACUACUAGCUUAUUUCAACUGGAAGGCAACUAGAUAACAAUGACUAAACUGUCAUUGGACAGUGUAAAGUUAGGAAAGUCAGCAUGACUGUGUUUUUCUGUUCACCCAAGGAGAGCAAUAAAUUCAACUGGAUUGCUGGGAUAAAAGUGACAAAGAUUGUCGAUAAAUAUAGUGACAGUCUUUGGUGAUGAUAGAAAUGACUGGACAAAGAGAAGACAAUAAUUGAUUCAGUGUAGAUAUUUAAUUCAAAUUAUUCUUUUAAACAGAUUAAUCUCACAGAAUCUAUAAAUAUAUACUUGAAUAUGUUAGUGAUAUAUUUUUUCUUUAUAGGAUACUUGUACCUAUUACUAGAUUUUUAAAUUCAGAAUAGUGGUACCAGUUUUAUCAAUGCGGCUUUAUUAGACUAUUUGCAGUGAUAACUAUUGUGCUUAUUCUUAUAAAUGUUCAUGUAGAUUUUUGAUAGGUAUAAGUAUAUAAAUAUUUCUUAAGUUUGCAGAUAGUGCUACAGCAAUUGCAUUGUAGUUUGCAAGACAUGUGUCUAAAAUGUGUUGUAAAACCCCUCAAAAUCUAGAAAAUUAUCAUAUGAAUAGUGAUAUAUCUUGAUUGGUGAAUCUUUAUUUCGUAGUUUUUGUGGGUUUAUUUACGGAAGACUUAAAGUUUAAAUGAAAAAAUUGUUAUGAAUGAAUGCACUUAACUUCUUGUGUAUGCUUAUGAUUUAAGACCGGAUGUAAAGUGUGACAAUUGUUAUUCUUCGUGUAUACUCAGCAUCAUUAACUUGUUGCAUGUAGGGAAAGAGUAUCAAUAAUGGGGUUCCUGAGAAAAAUAUGCAUCAAGUGAUCAAUAGACCAUAUUGUCGUGAUGAAGACUCCGUCCAUAUAAGCACUAGCUGCAACGAUAAAGAAACGUUAUUCUUUAAAAA